AUGAAGCGCUCCAAGGGGUCCCAGCGCUGCUGCAGCACCCACAAAAAUGCCAGCCAGCGUCACCUCUGCCCGGAUUCCCUGCUGCUCAGCCACCUGGACGAUGGCAGCAGUGUGGACGCAGAAGAUGGCAGUGACCCAGAGCGAAUCUUCCAGAACCUGCAGCUGCAGAAGGACCUGGUGGCCAACAUUCGCUGCCGCCCCUGGACCAUGACACAGAAGCUGCGGGCCCUGAGACGUGCCAAGGAGACAGUGCUCAGGUUUGAGGGGAGACUCACCAGGACCCGCGGCUACCAGGCAGCAGGCAGUGAGCUCUGGAGGAGGCUCGUACGUCUCGCCUCGAACUUUGCCGUCCUCUUCAUCCCCUGGGAAACGCGGAUAAAGAAGAUUGAGAGUCACUUUGGCUCUGGGGUCGCCUCCUACUUCAUCUUCCUGCGGUGGCUGUUCGGGGUCAAUGUUGUGCUCUCCGUGAUGACCGGCGCCUUUGUUGUCAUCCCUGAGCUUGUCGCAGGGCAGCCCUUUGGGAGCACCACCAGCAAGAGCAUCCCCCAGGAGCACGUUGCAUCAGCCCAAGACCUAGACACCGUGUGGUCCCUGGGGGGCUACCUGCAGUACUCCGCACUCUUCUAUGGCUACUACGGCCGGGAACGACGCAUUGGCAGAGCCGGCUACAGGCUGCCCCUGGCCUACUUCCUGGUGGGCAUGGCUGUGUUUGCCUACAGCUUCGUGGUGCUUCUGAAGAAGAUGGCCAAGAACUCCCGCAGCAGCCUGGCCAGCGCCUCGGACGAGAGCUACGCCUUCUGCUGGCGUGUGUUCUGUGCCUGGGACUACCUUAUUGGGAACCCCGAGGCUGCCGAAAGCAAGACAGCCGCCAUCGUCAACAGCAUCCGGGAGGCCAUCCUGGAGGAGCAGGAAAAGAAAAGAAGCAAGAACCUGGCCGUGACCGUGUGCCUGAGGCUUGUGGCCAACGUGCUGGUGCUGCUCUCGCUGGCCGGAAGCAUCUUCCUCAUCUACUUUGUGGUGGGCCGUGCCCAGCGGCUGGAGCAGGCACAGCGUGAGCUCACACUCUGGGAGAAAAAUGAGGUGAGUGUGGUGGUCUCCCUGGUGACCAUGCUGGCCCCAUCCGCCUUCGACCUCAUCGCGGCCCUGGAGCGCUACCACCCCCGGACUACACUGCGCUUCCAGCUGGCAAGGGUGCUGGUGCUGUACCUGGGAAACUUGUACAGCCUCAUCAUUGCCCUCCUGGACAAGGUGAACAGCAUGAGCACUGAGGCUUCGACCUUGAGGAACACCACGGCUCCCUGGGAAGGUGCGGCUGUGGCCUGGGCCACUGGCACAGCCCCUGCAGGAGAGAAAUGGCUGCAGCUCCUGAGAAACAGCUCGGGGACCCCCGGCCUGGCGCCCCCAGAAGCCAACAGCACCACCAUGCUUCCCCAGAGCCCCCCAGGCCCCUGCUGGGAGACCUAUGUCGGGCAGGAGAUGCUGAAGCUGUCCAUCGUUGACAUGCUCUUCACCGUGGCCAGCGUGCUGCUCAUCGACUUCCUCCGUGGGCUUGCCGUGCGGUACCUGAGUGACUACUGGUGCUGGGACCUGGAGAGCAAGUUCCCCGAGUACGGAGAGUUCAAGAUCGCAGAGAACGUCCUGCAUCUGGUCUACAACCAGGGCAUGAUCUGGAUGGGCGCUUUCUUCUCCCCGUGUCUUCCUGCUGUCAACGUCCUCAAACUCACGGGGCUCAUGUACCUGCGGAGCUGGGCGGUGCUCACCUGCAAUGUGCCCCACCAGCAAGUGUUCCGGGCCUCCAGGUCCAACAACUUCUACCUGGCAACGCUCCUGUUCAUGCUCUUCCUGUGUGUGCUGCCCACCAUCUUCGCCAUCGUCCGCUACAAGCCAUCGCCGCAGUGCGGCCCCUUCAGUGGCCAGGAGAAGAUGUACGACGUGGUGUCUGAGACGGUGGCAGAGGACUUCCCCACCUGGGUGGGCUCUGUGCUGGGCUACGCCGCCAGCCCCGUGGUGAUCCUGCCCGCUGUGCUGCUGCUCCUCAUGCUCAUCUACUACCUGCAAAGCAUCGCGCGCUCCCUGCAGCUCAGCAACCAGCAGCUCCGGGCACAGAUGCAGGACGCACGGUCGGAGGACAAGAAGAAGCUGGCACAGCUGGCGGGAGCUCUGGAGGUGGACCUGACCCUCCUACUGAAAUUUGAACUCUUCUGGGAGUCACUAGCUUGA